AUGCGGCAAGUCGAUAGACACAAAAAAUAUUUAGGCUUGCCUAUUGUGGUGGAAAGGUCUAAAAAAGUGAUGUUUAAUACUCUCAUGGACCGCAUAUGGAAGAAACUGCAGAGGUGGAAGGAAAAGUUGUUGUCACGGGCAGGAAAAGAGAUCCUUCUCAAAGCUGUUAUACAAGCUAUUCCAACAUACCUGAUGGGAGUUUACAAGCUUCCAGGUUCGAUUAUUGAUAAGAUCAGCGCGGCCAUGGCUCGAUUCUUUUGGGGACAAACUGGUCCAACUCGGAAAAUACACUGGAGGAACUGGGAAACAAUGUGCACUCCGAAAUUUUUGGGAGGAAUGGGUUUCAAUGAUUUGCGGGUUUUUAAUGAUGCUUUAUUAGGUAGGCAAGCUUGGAGAUUGGUUCAGCGACCAGGGUCUCCGAUGGGACGUGUUAUGCAGGUUAAGUACUAUCCAAACCGUUCUUUUCUUGAUGCAUCUCUUGGAUGUGCCGGCAGUUAUUCGUGGAGUAGUAUCUGGAGUGUGAAAGCUUUAGUCAAAGAAGGGAUGUUAUGGCGCAUUGGAGACGGAAAGAAGGUGAAUAUUUGGCAGGACCCGUGGGUUGUAGGAGAGGAAGGAAGGUUUAUCACUAGCCCAAGGGUGGAAAAUGUUACAAAUGUGAGUGAUCUCAUUGACACAUCGACCAUGGAAUGGCAACAUGACAUAAUUUCAUAUCACUUUAGUGAGCGAGAUAAACAAAGAUCCUAG